GUCGACCGGUUUCUAUCUCUCGAGGUAUUCACUCGCAUCCGAGAUGUGAAUGUGGACACUGACUUGUAUAAGUUACAGCUUCACAGUUGUCGAUGGCCGCAGAGACUUCGUGGAGGAGUGUGAAGACGGCUGCGACGACCAUGGCGAGCAUGGUGAGGACGUGGAUGGAAUCUUAGAGCCUAGUGUUUCUGUGUGGCAAGGUUUAGUUAACGGUCUCUUUAUCAAGGUCUCUCUCCCAUUUACUUCCGGCUCGUCGUCCUGACUCUGAUGCCCCACGGCUUCAACUGGUCGGGGGGCCGUGUCACCUCAAUUAUUUAUUGACCUCGCUUGCGUCGUGCGCGCACGGCACAUUGCGCACCUGGGUAACGCAAUCGUCUCGCCUCCCAUUUAACACCCCUUCGCGUUGUCAUUGGUGGUGGUGGGAGGUGCCCCCGGAACGGAGGUGCUUUGUCGUGUUGGAUGUUACGCCGGCGCGAUUUUUGCGCUUAGGUUUUUUUAUUCGAAUGGGUGGAUGUUGUGAGGAUGGAUUUUGUUGAGAUUAUCCGCAAGCUAUUCGGUUUCAAUGCGGCAAUUUGAAGGAGUGGAGGGGGUGUUGGAUUGUGGUGAUUGUUUGCGGAGCUUAAGCAGAUACGACAUUUGGUACAGACAUCCAAACGUGGUUGUCGCUUGUUAGCUCGAUUCUGGGAAUGCACUUGUGCUUGGUUUGGGGCUGUCUGUGCGCUGCUGAACCUGCUGCCCUACUCUAACAGGUCAGAGUUAGUGACAUUCAGAGGCUACAGCAGGAAUCGUAGGAGCUUUUUGAUACAUUUGGUCAGAUAUGCUUCAUUGUGGAGCUCUGCUCUAUAGCGCCUCUCUUUAUUGGGUCUCGUCCUUCCUUUCUGUUGAAUUUUUCAGAUUCCUUUAGUCUGCUCCGUCCAUUCUUGUUUUUGACAAACUAGGUGAAUUUUAAGCUUCACGAUAUGUUUCAGUUACAGUUUCGUAACUUUAGUAGAUCCUAGUAGUCUUUAUUAGAAUCCAAGGACUUGUGGGUCACGUGAGUGAGAACUCUGUCCAUUUUCUCACUUUGUUGUUCUCUAGUUGUGAAACCAAUUCAUUGUUCUGUAGGUGUAGACACAAUUCCAAGCUCCCUUCUCCACCUUGUGUUGGUUCUGCCCUUAUUAUUUUACUCGAACGUGCUGUCGUGCCUCUCUCUCCCCGACUAGAUGGUCCAGGAGUGUGACAUUACAUUCUGUAAGCGAAGGCUGCACUUCUGCGAAGCCACGUGAGAUAGGGCGCUGCAAUGUUUGUACACUGGAAGAGGAUCAUAUGUUCUGGUUCCUGUCAUUCUAUCACAGUCUAAUUUGAGAUUUGUAUUCGUUUGUUUGAGAACUGUUAGACAUUCUCAUGAAAGCAUGCAACUCGCAGCUUUUAGCCUACAUCUAUGUUUCUGUCUAGCUCCUCUCUAGCUCAUUCGAGAUGUCUUCUCAUCUGCCACGUAAGAGUUAAUCUGUGUUUGAGCGGCUGCGGAAGGUAUGUGGAGCCUAGAAUGCGCAAUCACUGUAAAGCUCAAUGUAAUACGCCAGAAAUAGAUUUUUUAUCAAGGCAGGGCAUCAGCUCCAUGGAUCGAAUUACUCAUCGACAUCUCUCCAGUUGCAGUCAAAUGCCCAAAUUUAUGCCAAUCCCUGCCGCUAAACGGAUCCAUUCUUUUAUUUUGUUAUCAUCUAUUAAGUGCUGUCUACGAACGGAAAAGGCUUCUCAUUUGAAGAAAGUUAGGUUAUCCUCUUCUUCGGCUUCAUGGUCCUACUUUGAAGUAUACGGGGAUGUUCAAGGACACUUGAGCCCAUUAGAUGAGACAGUCUGCAGAACACCAUAUGAACAGACCUUACAUCGAGAAGGUACCAGUAGAGUGUUAGCGGCUUGGAAAAAAAUUCAGUCCUGGAGCCCUACGAAAUCCAGGAUUGAAGAAAAGAUCCGGGACAGACCCAUUCCGUCUCAGAAAUGUGCCGCUAGAAGUGAUCGUGCCCGUGAACAGUCAGCUACAAUGUACAAUCGAAAGGGAAGCGGUCCAAGAUCUAGCUGGUAUACUCCAUUGCAGGCAGAGGCUUACAUUGGGCAGUCGAGGAAUUUUCAUUCUUCAAGGGCCAUCUCCCAACCUCCCACUAAAAAAAUGAAUACCAAAAGGCAACUUGCUGUAGCUGCGAUUACUCAAGCACUUACCCCUUCUCUUCAUCCUCAGAAACGCGGUCAGGGAGAGCUUGGUCUCUGCAUGGCCAAUUUUCUCAAAAGUUUCACGUCACCAGCACAAACCAACGAGACUCGGUUCUGUGAAGAUAGGGUUCGCCAAAGCCUCGAGAUUAUGUUGAAGAUAACUGAUGCGGCAGAGCGGGAAGUGAAAGCGAUACAGUCUUGGAUAAAUGACGCUGAGAAUCACUUACAUUCUCUGCCUUCAGAGAGGGACAUCGAGAGGUUGGAGGCUCUGCUCGACAAUUUACUCUGCCAUUCAGAAGAAGGCUUGGCGCGGGACAAACGUGACCAGUUCUUACGAGUUGCCUCGAACAUGAAAUACAUCCUCGCUAACAUGCACACAGUGGCAGAGAUCCAGGAAUUACAGAAGGAAUUGGAAGCGAUUGACAAAGAAAUAUCCAGGUGUAACAAUUCUUCCAAGGAAGCUGUAAGUCUCCUGCGCAGUGCCAUUGCCAGGGGUGAAGUUGCUUGGUUGCGGAACUUGGAAUCGGUUGCGGCCUGCCUGGAGGCCAUGGCCCGCACAGUGCUUCCUUUGGAAGGCUUGUACAAAACUAACCAGUAGAAAUGUAUACAUUCUGAUGUUACUGUACAGAACGACUCAUAUCUGUUAUGAGAAAGCAUUUGUACGAAAGCACAACACUCCCAAAAGAUUGGUAAAAGUAGACCUUCCCAGUGCAGGUCGCUAGCCGUGGCCCCUGGUAGUUGAAGUUGUGUGUGGAUGGCUACGAACUCGUAAUUAACCUUACUGCCCUUCCCAUAGCUUCUAGAAUGUGCAGGAUCCACUCAGUUAUUCUCUCCUUGAGGUUAUGUCUCUUGUAUAGACUUAGGUUCAGCACAUGCGUGUUGAUACAAAAACAUUUGUUUUUGAGAGUUUUGCGAAGAGAUGAGAAGUUCUAUUCCGGCGUGUUUUCAGAAAGAUGGUAAGAGGAGCAAUUGGAACCUAUGAAGCGAACUCCACUCCUCCCAUGAGCCCACUUCAAAUGACAGAAAAAUUGGAGCUGGUGAAGGCUCUAUUUUACACUAGAGUUGAGGAUGAACUUUAAGAAUUAUAUUCUCAAUCCACCAUUUGUAAAUUUUGACUUUCUAAUUUGCAAUUUGACUGUGUGGUUCACAGUAUUUAUUUUUAUUUUUA